GAUUUGUGCGGGUUAUUGUCUUCACCGGGGAGGAGUCUUCAAGGCAUCACUUGCGGAUGGAGUCCCACCACUGAGUAGAAACUGCGAAACCCAGGAGUCAUGCCCAAAUCACUCCAGCGGAAACACUGGGAAGGAAGGAAGCCGAUCUUCUUCUCCUUCUAAGUUAGUUUUCCCGCUGGGGCACAUCUCAAGGGAAACUGAGAGGUUCUUUGAAGAAUGAACGCCUCAGAAUUGGCAAAGGACGAUUGAAGAGCGUGACUUGGUUGGGUCGAUAGGAAGGGAGAGAUGGCUAGAGCUGGGGGGAUAACUAAUGCCGUUAAUGUGGGCAUAGCAGUCCAGGCUGAUUGGGAAAACAGGGAGUUCAUUUCUAAUAUGUCCCUCAAUGUUCGUCGGCUCUUCGAAUUUCUUAUCCAGUUUGAGGCAACAACAAAGAGCAAAUUGGCAGCCCUGAAUGAGAAGCUUGAUGUACUUGAACGGCGUCUUGAAGUGCUUGAGGUCCAAGUGAGCACAGCUUCAGCCAAUCCAUCUGUUUUCAGCUAAUGCAUUUAAGAUCCCCCAUGUCAUGAUAUGGUCACAACCCCUUUGCACUCCAAAAGCCAAAAAGGAAAAUGCAGUUUCCCUGUGCCUAGCUUCAGGAUUGCAUUAACAAAAUGUUUGAACGCUUUGAGUACCAUGUGUACCUAUUUUGAUGUUCUGGAUAAGUGUUUGAACAGAUAGAACACCAUGUGUACUUAUUAUAGAUAUAGAAGUUCGUAUCUGGUUAUCUUUUCUUCUUA